AUAAUACAACUUAUGCUUUAUGGAGUUGAGUAUUUUAUUCCAUUUUUUUGUGAAUUGGUUUAUUCUGCAGCAGAAAAUGCUAGUCACUAUAUAUUUGAACUAACUAAGUCAAUGAGUCAUAAAGAUAUAUUUAUAUAAAAAAAGUAGACAAAUAAGACGUAUCAUUUUAUCUAGACCAGUGAGGAAUUAUGGGACAAAAAAUACAUCCGCUUGGUUUUAGACUUGGUACAACUCAAAGUCAUGAUUCUAUUUGGUUUGCACAACCAAGAAACUAUUCCGAGAAUCUAAAAGAAGAUAAAAUUAUACGAGAUUGUAUCAAGAAUUAUAUACAAAAAACGAUAAGAAUAUCCUCUGGUGUCGAGGGAAUUGGACGAAUAAAGAUAAAAAAAAGAAUCGAUCUGAUUCAAGUCAUAAUCUAUAUGGGACUUCCAAAGUUAUUACUAGAGGGUAAGCCUCGAAGAAUCGAAGAAUUACAGAUCAAUGUGAAAAAAAAAUUGAAUUGUGUGAACCGAAAAAUCAACAUUGCAAUUACAAGAAUUCCAAAUGCUUAUAGAGACCCGAAUAUUCUUGCAGAAUUUAUAGCCGGACAAUUAAAGAAUAGAAUUUCGUUUCGUAAAGCAAUCAAAAAAGCUAUUGAAUUAGCUGAACAGGCAGGUACAAAAGGAAUUCAAGUACAAAUUGCGGGACGUAUCGACGGAAAAGAAAUUGCACGUGUGGAAUGGAUCAGAGAAGGUAGGGUUCCUCUACAAACCAUUCGAGCUAAAAUCGAUUAUUGUUCUUAUCCAGUUCGAACUAUUUAUGGAGUAUUAGGAAUCAAAGUUUGGAUAUUUCUAAACAAAGAAUAGAAAACUUUUCCUUAUGUUUAAUGUUCCGUGUUUAGGUAAAAGAAAAAAUGACUAUCUUACUACAUUCUUAUUCCCAAAGAAUAAAUGAAAAAUUUUAUAAGAUUGAAUAAAAAAAUUUGAUUAAUAAUUUUAUAGUGAAGGAAUUGCUAUGCUUAGUGUGCGACUCGUUGGUUUUUUUUUAGAGUGGUUAAAUUUCUACAAAAAUUCGUAGAAUUUAUUACUAAAGAACUAAUAACCUACUCAUCGCUUGCCAUUAUCUGGAUAUAAAGAACCGGUCAAAAUAGAAAAUAUAAAGAAAGAUCUAUAUGGUCAAAUAAUUAUAGCAACUGAAAUAAAAAAGAAUCUUAUUAUCAGUUGUAAAGCAAUAAGAAUAUACAGAUAA